AUGGUGACAAUCAAAGCCAUGGCGAUGGUGAUCGCACUCACUAUUUGUCUGACUGCGAACAGUUCUGACGGCUAUCGUUACUGCUGUCGAAGAUAUAUGACAAGCCGAUUACGAGAUGUUGACAUUAAGGGGUACUCGGUCCAGACUAUUAAGGAGAUGUGUCCCAUUGAUGCCAUCAUUUUCCACACAAAGAAGGGGAAAGCAUGCGCCAAUCCAGCUCUGAAGUGGGUGAUGGACGCUGUUGAUCGUUUAAGGUACAUGAUAGGCAGGUUACAGGACUCCAUCAUCAAGGGGUACUCAGUCCAGACUGAUACAGAGAUGUGUCCCAUCAAUGCCAUCAUGUGA